CUCUGCUGUGCCGGUGUCAGCCCUAUAGCUGCCCCGGAGCCGCCCAUCCACCGCGCAUCACUGGGGCGCCAUUCUAACCGCUCGCACGAACCACGACUGCAACCAUGAACCAACAAGCGCAUAUGGCCAGCAUGAAUACCACCGGCGGUCCAGUAGGAGGCACGCCGCUGAUGAACUCGGGUGGGCAACGCGGGAACGACCCGCAAACGAUGCUGAACACCUACAUUUACGACUACUUCCUGAAGAACCACCACUGGGCCCUUGCUCGACAGAUCAAGUCCGAACUCAUGGUCAACACCACCAACCAGGCCAAGCCAAGCCCCGGCCGUCGCGACGUCAAUGGCGUGGACGAUUCGAUGGACACUGAUUCCAAAGACGACCUCGACAAGCGUCCCGACGAUCUGCCUCUGGCCGCCGUGCCCGGAGACAUGGCCGAGAACUCGUUCCUGUUCGAUUGGUGGAGUCAGUUCUGGGACAUCUUCAACGCGCAACGGCAGAGGUCAAAGCCCGGUCCGCAGCAACUUCAGUACCUCGCGCAUACUAGGCAGCAAUCCCAAUUGCGACAGGAGAGCCAGCAGCGUAUCUUGAUGACGAACAACGCGCAACAAUACCGGAACAUGAUGGGAGCCAUGCCGCCCAAUGGGAUGCCCAUGAACAUGACGGAGAUGCAGCGGAAAGCCAUGCAGAACCAGCGCCUGAACCCGCAGCAAAUGCAGCAGAUGAAGAACCAGCAACAGCACAUGAUGCAAAAUCAGAUGCAGCGCGAAGGUUCUCAGAUGGACAUGAACCAACGUCCCUCGUCGCCCGGCUCGGCAGAAAACGCGCCGUCGCCCAAUAAGCGCCCUCGCCUCGACAACCAGGGUUUCAACGGCCAGCCGAUGGCGCCAGGCGCUAGAACCCAGGGCAUGCAGCCGCAGGCGACAACGACCCAAGCAGGCCAGAUGCUGAUGGCGAACGGCAUUGACCCCAACAACAUGACGGCGCAACAGUUCAAUGCAUUCCAAGGGCAGACACCAAAUGUGCAGACAAAGUCUAUACAGGAAAUGAACUCGGCCGGAAUGCAGAACUCGCCCAUGGGUCAGCAAGGCACUGAUGGCUUCCAAGACUUCGGUCAGGGCAACCCUCAGGCUCGCAUACAGAACGCGCCUCCCGGUCAGCAACCCGGUGGCAACCAUGCGCUCCAAGAUUACCAGAUGCAGUUGAUGCUGUUGGAGCAACAAAACAAGAAGAGACUGUUGAUGGCACGUCAAGAGCAGGACAACAUCACUCAACACCCGGGAUCUGGCCCAGUCGCACAGCCUGGUUUCCCGCCAGCCAUGUCGCCUCAGGGCAGCCGGGCCGGCCCGUCACCGAACCCGAAUGAUCAAAUGAAGCGCGGCACUCCCAAGUUGAACCAGGCAGGCCUCCCAAGCUCGCCCAUGCCCGAUGGACCCAUGCCUCAAAACCGGAGCUCGCCACUGCCCAACGGCUUUGACCCAAGCCAGAUGCCGCCUGGCAUACCGCCGCAGUACUACCAGCAGAUGGGCGCAAACGGCAUGAUGAGGCCGCCCAGCUCACAUCCUGGCUUCCAAGGGGGAAUGACGCCGCAACAGAUGGAAAUGAUCCGCCGCAAUGGCGGCCAGCUUCCCAAUGGCAUGUGGCCGCAGGGUGCACAGCCGCCGAUGAUGCCGCAGCAGCCACAGGGUGCCCAGCCUAUGCCCAUGGGUACACCUCAACAACGCAACAACCAGAUGCCGCCGCCUCCGGCACCUGUAGCUGGCAACGAGACCGGACGCACCCAGCCCUCAUCACCUGCGCAACCGCAGAACCAACCCCCGACCCCGUCACAAGGCAAUAAGCCCACCCCGAAGAAGAAGGGCAAGCCUGAGGAGAAGAAGAAUGCGCCAAAGCAGCAACCCACCAAGAAGGGAUCUACCGCUGGUGUCACCCCCGCCUCGGAAUCGGAACCGCCACCCACGCCCACGCAAAGUAUGCCAAUUAUGUCUACGCAACCAAAGCCUCCUAGUAACCAACAUGCAACAGCUCAACCCGCGAACGUUCCGCAACAGCCCCCGGCGCCGGCCAACCCACCCCAGCCAGUCGCUGCAGCGCCGCAGAUUGAUGCUAACGCCGCGUCUGGGCCCUUCGGCGAUCUCGGCAGCAAUGACAACGGAGCGUUUAGCCUCGAUUUUGGCUCUCUAGAGAGUGGCGAUGUUCUCGAGAACUUCGACUUCGACACUUUUCUGCACACCGACGAUGCCGCUGGCGGCAAUUUCUCGUUCGAUGCCAGCGCUUUGAAUUUCGGCGAGAACGGUGUCGAAGCAGACGCCGGCAUAUGAUCUGAGUCGUGGGUUUGAUGAUUCAUUUUCCACGAAUCUCUUUCGGCGCCGAUUCUCCUUUUGGCUUCUAGAAGUUUUCUUUUGAGUUUUCCUCCCGCAAAGUGACGCUUUCUGACCAUUUCGACGUUCAUU